AUGGUAUCCUAUGAUUCAAGCCACAAAUCUUCGUCUCCCCGUCAUCGACAGCCCCGCUGGAUUGCAUCACAUCAUGGUAACAGCUCUGCAGACCAGCAGGAGCCAUUCUGUGCAACAUGCAAGAAGCUAGGCUACACUUGUCAAGGGUACAUUUCAUCCCUUGUAAUUGUCCCCUUUCAGCCAGCAGGGAACAGCAUUCCUUUCAAGGAAAAAGAGUUGGGCAAAAACAAUACUCGGGCGUCGGCUGCUCGACGGGCAAUGCCAGUUUUGAUAUCUACAUUAGCUCCAGACCCGAUUUCAGUCUCCCGCGAGUAUUUCCUGCUUCGGCUUGUCGGCAGCGGAACAUGCUCCCAAGGGUCCGGGAUUCCUCGCCUUCUGUGUGCGUUCCUGGAUAGAGCCUUACCGAUCGGCUCCCUACAGCACAAAUGUAUGAAGGCGCUUACUGUGAGCUAUCACUCAACGACAGCUCUAGGUACUCGUGGAAGUCCCUCUGGGGAAGCAGUAAAGACAUACUCCCAGGCUCUGACGGCCGUUCGGAAAGCCAUUGACCAAGAUCUAACGACCGAACCGGACCUUCUGAUGAGCAUAAUGUGCCUUUGCCUUUACGAAAAUAUUGUCGUCACCGAGCCAAGGUCCUGGAUUGAGCACUACAAGGGCAUCUCUCGUCUGAUUCAGAUAAACGGGCCAGAGCGUUAUCGAAAUGGAAGAAACAGAGAUAUUUUGCUGGCAUUCCGCUAUACAAUAAUUGUGAGCGCUGGGACGCUUCAUCAGCCGUGCUUCCUGGCCGAGAAACGUUGGAGGAAAGCUAUAAAGCUGACCGAAGAUGAAUCACGCAAUAUAUUUGACACUUUGCUCAAUAUCGCAGUUGACAUCCCCGGUCUCCUACACGGCCUGGACUGUCUAAAAGAUGGCAAGCUUCUGGACAGAAGGAACCAUGCAGUCUUGGAAAUGAGUCUAAAGCAGACCUUGACGGCACUUCAACAGUGGCAAGAUACCUCGUUUUUUCGGCUUAGUGCAAGCAACACUUUUCCCCCGAGAUCCGUCGCCCAAACUGCUCCUGCAAUUGCCUUCUACCACAUGGCCCUUCUCCUCUUGGAAGAACUAUGUUACCUGCUUGGGGUCCCGUGGCUAACACCAUCGCCUCCGUCGUUAGAAGUGUCUGCCGGGCUGGACAGGCCAUCAACCGCACACACGCGAGCGCAGCGCAAGCACGCUCUGGCAAGCGAGAUUGUUUAUCUGGCACAGCAAUCCAUUGGCGAUAACACGAGUGUCUACGGGGUCCUCUGCUUCAUCAUGCCCUUGCAUGUAGCUCAUGACCAUCUUCUCCCCGCGAGUCCGGAGAUUGAUGCCAUUGGAAAUCUCAUGAAGACCGUUAUGGCUGGGCAGCAUGGGUUUCGUAUGGCGAUGCGGCAGGGGGGGAUGUAUACGUCUUUCUCGGGAUCAAGCUCUACUACCUAA